AUGCCCAAUUCUACCACAGUGACUGAAUUCCUGCUUACAAGAUUUUCUGACAUGUGGGAGUUCAGAGUCUUGAAUGCCUUGCUAUUCCUACUGAUAUAUUUGGCAACAUUGCUGGGAAACUUUCUCAUUGUCACAGUAACCACCCUGAAUCAGAAUCUUCACACUCCCAUGUAUUUCUUUCUUAGGAAUCUGUCAGUCCUGGACAUGUGCUAUAUUUCUGUCACUGUACCCAAGGCAUGUGUCAUUUUCCUGCUUGACAACAGGGGUAUCUCUAUGGUUGGAUGUGCAGCUCAAAUCUUCCUUGUGGUUUUGUUUGCUUUUACAGAGAUGUUGUUCCUCACCAUUAUGGCCUAUGACCGCUAUGUGGCCAUUUGUCAUCCUCUACACUACCCUUUGAUCAUGAACCCUCGGGUCUGUGUCCAGAUGACACUGGCCACAAUACUCAGUGGUGUUAUCUACUCAGGAUUUCACAUGGGCAACACUUUCCGGCUGAGCUUCUGUCAGUCCAACAUGGUUCAUCUCUUCUUCUGUGAUAUCCCCUCUCUUUUGAAGCUCUCUUGCUCUGACACCUUCAGCAACAAGAUUGAAAUUUUUGUCUCUGCCCUAGUAGUUGCAGGUGGCUGCUUUAUCUUAAUCAUAAUGUCCUAUAUUCGCAUAUUCUCUACUGUAUUCAAGUUUCCAACAAUGGGAGAGAGAGGAAAGGCCUUUUCCACCUGUGUCCCUCAUAUUCUUGUGGUGACAAUCUUUGCCACCACAGGUGCUGUUGUGUAUAUGAAUCCAAUCUCCACCUCACUUCAGGACAUGAUCAUUUCUGUGUUCUAUUGUAUACUCCCUCCUUUCCUAAAUCCUAUUAUCUAUAGUCUUAGAAACAAGCAGAUAAAAGAGGCAUUAAAGAGAGUUACAUGA